CCCAGGAAGUGCCAGGCCCGGCUCGGCCGCAGCCCCUCCGGAUCGCGCGGGCGGCGGGGCGCAUGGACGGCGGGUCGGCAUCAUCGCGGCCCCUUCGGUCUACCCUGUCCUCUGAAGAGGAGCCGCCGUCUCACUCAGUGCCCAGGAGGAGCGCCAGCCCUCCACCGUGCCCGGUGCCCGGGGGGACAUGCCACAAGACAGCGGGGGCUCGGCCCAAAGUGAAGCCGGAUGGCGGCACCAGCAGCCGUAGAGCCGGGCGUGGGAAGGCCCGGCUGAGCCACCCCUCGGAGAGACGGAGCCUUCCCUCGUCCAAAGUGGGGCCAGCCACGGAGGGCGCCCAGCGGGCAGACCCCGAACCCUCCAAGGGGCUGGGCCAUUCCUUGCGGCAGAAGCUGCAGGCCGCCGUGGGGCAGUGCUUCCCCAUCAAGAGCCUGUCGCGCUCACCGGACCUCUCUUCCCAGCGCAAGAUCCACCUCCGGGAGCUGAUGCUGGACACCUGCCCCUUCCCCCCGGGCUCGGAGCUGGCCCGCACCUGGGAGCUGAUCAAGCAGCACACGGUGCCCGUCUCCGAGCACGAGGGCCUGGCCACCCUGCCGCCCGAGGAUGAGGACGACCGCCUGAGGGAACGCCGGCGCAUCAGCAUCGAGCAGGGCGUGGAGCCCCCGCCGGAUGCCUUGAUCCACACGUUUGAGGUGACGGCGCAGAUCAACCCCCUGUACAAACUGGGGCCCAAGCUCGCCCACGGCAUGACUGAACUCGCCGGGCCAGGCCGGGCCAUGCUGACCGCCACGGAUGAGCAGGACGAGGAGGAAGAGGAGGAGGAGGAGGAGGAGGUGGAAGAGCUGGAGUCAGCCUUGGUCGGGCUGCCGGAGGUCCGGGACGGCCUGCGGGCGCACACCCAGAUCGACUACAUCCACUGCCUGGUGCCUGACCUGCUGCAGCUGACCCAGCUCUCCUGCUACUGGGGCGUGAUGGACCGCUACGAAGCCGAGUCGCUGCUGGAGGGCAAGCCGGAGGGCACCUUCCUCCUGCGGGACUCGGCCCAAGAGGACUACCUCUUCUCCGUCAGCUUCCGGCGCUACGGCCGCUCCCUCCACGCCCGCAUCGAGCAGUGGAACCACAACUUCAGCUUCGACGUCCACGACCCCAGCGUCUUCCACGCGCCCACCGUGAGCGGCCUCCUGGAGCACUACAAGGACCCCAGCGUCUGCAUGUUCUUUGAGCCGCUGCUCUCCAUCCCCGUGCACCGCACCUUCCCCUUUGGCCUGCAGCACCUCUGCCGGGCCGUGGUCACCUGCUGCACCACCUACGAUGGCAUCGGGCACCUGCCGCUGCCGCGGGCGCUGAAGGAGUACCUGAAGGAGUACCACUACAAGCAGCGAGUGAGGGUGCGGCGCCUGGACACCUGGGGCACCUGAAGCUGAGCCCCAGCCUCCUGGCUCUGCCUGCCUUUUCCUCGUACUCCUUGACCCGCCGUCUCUUACCUGGCCUUCUCCAGAACGGGUGGGGGGGGCUGGUUCCCGGCACGUCUAGCUAGCACGCCGGCUGGAAACGCUGAGCACAGUAACCUGGCACGUCCGGGAAGGGUUUGGGCGGAGGAAGCGGCCCCGUCUCCCUCCAGGCCUUUCUGGGCUUGUGAGCACAAGGGGGUUUGUGGGUGCCUUUUUUCCCAUCCGGGGGCAAAAUCCAGACUUUGGAGGAAGUUUCCGGGACCUUUGCAAGCCAGAGCAAAAAACGGGGGACUUCCAAUUCACCAGAAUUCGUAGCAUCAAAGGGCUGAGCCCCCCUCCCCCCCCACCAGACGGGGGAUUCACCCCAGCGGGGGGCCCUCCAGCCUCCCCUCCCUGAGGAAACGCACAACGUUUGGGGGGGUCGUGGGUCGGAGCUGUUUCCAAGCACCUUGGGCACAAUCCCGCAUUUCUUUGCCUUUCUUCCAUUCCUCCAAGUUAUGCAGAUGGGCCUCGACUUAACAAUGGUUCACUUAGCGACUGAAGCACUAAAAAAGUGACUUAUGACCCUGUUUUUUAACACAAUCAUUGCAGCAACACUCCCACCCCCCCGGUCAUGUGAUCAUUGCAGCAAACCCCUUUUGCGACCGCCUGACAAGCCAAGUCAAAGGGGAAGCCGGGUUCAUUUCCCUCCCCAGCAGCGUGGUUAAAAAUGGCCGUGGCUCACUUAACGACCGUGGCCAUAAAGCGCAUAAAACGAGGCAAGAUUUGCUCGUCUCGCUUGGCAGACAGAAAUUCUGGGCCUGGCUGUGGCCGUGCGUUGAGGGCUACCUGUAGCUGCUGCUCUGGGGAGGCUUCAGGAGCACCCCAAAUCCUGUUGGCCGCAGGGGGAACCCGGAGGGUCUCGCUUCGAGGACCCCAAAAGAGGAGCAGCUGCAGACCCCGAGACCUUGCGGGCGUCGCAUCCCCGGGGAGGGACCCUCCCCGCCUGAACUCCCUCCUUGCUCUGUACCCUUGUCUUAUCAUUAAAGCCGCCUUGGUCCAC